UUUUAAAUAAAAUUUUUAAAGUAUCUAAAAAUUGUUUAUUUUUUAACAUUUGGAGAUUUUGAAUUUCUCUAUAAUAGAGGCAAAGCCCUCUUUCAAAAAGGAUCCUAUUAGUAACUGCUAUUUUGUUACCAAAAGCUACAUUGUUAUUGCUAUUUUUCUUAUAUCUUGGUCUUCCAGUGAUAGCAUUUAUUUUGACAAGUUUGUGAUUGAAGUCAUAAAAUGGAGACAUAGGGAUUAAAUUAAGACUUGAAUAUUUUCACGAGUUUGGAUAAAUUAUAGGGAGGCAACAAUAUGGAAAUCCAUGAUUUUUAUUAGAAAUCAAGUUACAUGGGAAACAUAAUAAAAUUUGAACCCCAACUUAAAAAAAAAAAAAAAGUCGCACUUAUGUAAUAUUAAGGGUGAUUAGUUUUGAUUCAGGCAAAAAAAGAAAAAAUAGUUUUCGAUUAAAUUUUCAAAGAUUUGGCCAAAAAAAAAAAUUAAAUUUUCAAAGAGGGAAAGGGAAUUAUGUAAUCAAUUCAUGCAAGCUUUAAAAAGUUGAAUGAAAAUCUUUAAACACUUGUUUUGGCAUUGCAUACUUCCAUGGGUAACUAUUGGGACUUCCAAUUAAACACUCAAUUUUAACUACACUAAUAUUCUAGCAAAAGAGGAAAGAACCUAUACUAAUACUAACAAGUUAAAAAGAAAAUGGGAUGGGAAAAUGAGGAGGCAGCCAUGUUAAGGAAAAAAGUAUUUAAAUCGCCGCUUAUUCAUAAGUAUUCCGUGCGCCAGAUCGAAAGAAAUGGCCCAUCCCCACCCCUUGGAAGUGAAAAAUAUAAAUAGCGAUAUAGACGUUAGAGUUGUAACGGCUACAUUUUGGUUCUGAACUUCAAAACUCGUCACAAUUCCACUCGCAUUUUCUUUCAUCUCCAAGUUUCAUCUAUUUCCUUCUUUCUUUUCUUCCUUUCUUCCAGCUGUUUCUGAAAUCUGUCGCCGUCUCGUCGUCCAAGCUGACGUUCUCCUACUCUCUCGUUCUUUCCCUCCCGUGAAUUAUAGAUCUAAGUCUAAAGAUUCAAUCUUUAAUUUCGUUUUCUUUCAGUUAAAACGAGAGGAAAAAACUUCGUUUUCUGUCGGGUGAUUCUUCAGAUUCAUGGCUCCUACGCCUUCUUCCAAGCCUAAUCACCCAACCCAGUCAAAAACCCCUCAAUCCAGACAUCGUCUGAAUUUCAAUGGUGUGAAAGCACAUCCAACUCCGAAUCCGAACUUGGCUGCCAAGGAGGCCCCUUCAGAGCACCCAGUCGAGGUUAUAGCGAGAAUCCGUGACUACCCAGAUCGAAAAGACAAGCCUUCAUCAGUUUUGCAGAUCAAUUCGAACUCGCAAUCGAUCCGUGUUAGGGCUGAUUUUGGGUACAGAGAUUUCACCCUUGAUGGAGUUUCUUUGUCUGAAGAAGAGGACCUUGUUGAUUUUUACAAGAAGUUUGUGGAAUCGAGGAUCAAGGCAGUUAAGUUGGGUGAGAAGUGUACUAUAAUGAUGUAUGGACCCACGGGUUCUGGAAAGAGUCACACCAUGUUCGGAUGUUCAAAGCAGGCAGGUAUUGUCUAUCGGUCUCUGAGGGACAUUCUUGGAGAUGGAGACGAAGGCUGUGAUUCUAAGGGAGGGGAAAAUCCUUGCCUUGGAAAUUUUGUUCAAGUCACUGUUUUAGAGAUUUAUAACGAGGAUAUUUAUGAUCUCUUGUCCACAAAUGGAGGAGGAGGAUUUGCAGGACUGGGCUGGCCUAAAGGCAAUGCUUCCAAGGUGAAACUUGAAGUAAUGGGAAAAAAGGCAAAGAAUGCAACCUAUAUAUCUGGAACUGAAGCAGGAAAAAUUUCAAAAGAAAUUCAGAAGGUAGAGAAGCGCAGGAUUGUUAAAAGCACUCUUUGUAAUGAAAGGAGUUCUCGAAGCCACUGCAUGAUAAUCCUCGAUGUCCCAACAGUGGGAGGGAGGUUAAUGCUUGUAGAUAUGGCAGGAUCUGAGAAUAUUGAGCAAGCUGGUCAAACUGGAUUUGAAGCCAAAAUGCAGACAGCAAAGAUCAAUCAAGGUAAUAUAGCCCUGAAGAGGGUGGUUGAAUCUAUUGCCAAUGGUGAUUCACACGUUCCUUUCAGAGACAGCAAACUUACCAUGCUUCUGCAGGAUUCCUUUGAGGAUGACAAGUCAAAAAUUCUGAUGAUACUAUGUGCAAGUCCCGAUCCCAAGGAGAUCCACAAGACCAUCUCUACUCUUGAAUAUGGAGCAAAAGCAAAAUGCAUUGUUCGUGGCCCUCUCACCCCGGUUAAGGAUGAAGAAUCUUCUGCUGUCAUCUUGGGGUCCAGAAUUGCUGCAAUGGACGAAUUUAUCAUGAAGCUGCAAAUGGAAAACAAGGCCAGAGAAAAAGAGCGAAACGAGGCACACAAAAAGCUUAUGAAGAAAGAAGAGGAGGUUGCUUCACUGAGAGCCAAGCUAGAGCUCAUGGGAGGCAAAGAAAAUGCUCCUAGUGAAGAAGAGAUUAACAUGAAGGUAUUUGAACGAACUCAGCUUGUGAAACAAGAGUUGGAGAAGAAGUUGGAGGAGUGCCAACGAAUGGCCAACGAGUUUGUGGAAUUGGAGAGGAGGAGAAUGGAAGAGAGGAUAUUACAGCAACAGGAGGAAGUUGAACUUUUGAGGAAGAGACUAGAAGAAAUCGAGCUUCAACUGCGUUGUUCAAGGGAAGGAGGAGGCUAUAGCGAGGAAAAUGAGUCCAAAGAGAUGGAAUCAAGUGGGUUCGCCAAGAGGCUAAUGCGUAUAUACAAGAGCGAGGAGGACCCUGGGAUGGUUAAAUCCAUGGAUUUGGACAUGGAUGAUCAAGAACCUCUGGUUAUGUGCAGGGUUGAUAAUAACAGUACGAGCCAAAACUUCCCUUCAAGUCAACCCUUGAAUUCUUUAAAUGGAGUGUUAGAAUCUGAUGUUUUGGCACCAAGAUAUGGUCUCAGCACAGUUUAUGAAGAUGAGGAAGAAGAAGAAGAGAAGGAUCAGGAAGAGAAGGGGGAAGAUGAGGAAGUGGAGAAAGAAAUAAUAGAGGAGAAGAGGGUAUGCUCUGUUCAGAAUUUCGAGCUCAAAGCAUCAAACUUGCCUAGAAGAAGUCCGAAACAAGAAGAUGAUCGUUGUUUCAAACGCAAUCCAGAGGAGGACAAAGACUUUAGACUGCUGAGAAUUCAGAAUAUAUUUACUCUCUGUGGGAACCAAAGAGAGCUCUCUCAGAAUACGGGAACUCCACUUCCUUCUUCAAAGAAGUCAAGUGAUUUCAAGAUAUCCCCAGUGGCAAAGUCAAGCGAGAAGGAUUCCGUCUUCAAAAUCUCCGACAAGGAAAACAUGGAACCUCAGUUUGUUGUGGGAAAUUAGUAAGCUGUUGGACAGAGAAAAAGCUGUACGAUAUAGGAUGAAUGAUGUGUGCGAGUUGUGUACAGAGAAACAUGCUAGUGUUUCCUGCUUUGUGUGUCAUUUUACGGUUGAUAUUUUGAAAUGGAUAUAUGUGCUCUGUUCAUUCA